GCAAGAGAUGAAGAAGAAAGAAGAUGAUUUGCUGGAAAUGCAGCAAGCUGCAGAAACAAGGAGGCGUAACCAGGUGAAGAAAGGACGAGCCAAAGCCUCAAGGCCUAGCAGCAGCGAUAGUUCGGAACCUGAGUCAGAAGAGAAGGAGAAGGUUGCCGAAGAGAAAGAGGAAGACAAACAGAUGGCAGAAGAAUCGGAGACAGCUAAAGAACCAGAGCAGGAGGACAAGCAAAUGGCAGAAGAAUCGAAGGCAGCUAAAGAACCAGAGCAGGAGGACAAGCAAAUGGCUGAAGAAUCGGAGGCUGCUAAAGAACCAGAGCAGGAGGAAGAGGCUAUGAGUAUGGCUGAAGCCAUCAGACAGUCCUACAGGAUCACAGAUGAGACGAUAGCAUCACUGUUGGAGGACGACAAGAUGUCGUCUAUCAGAAGCGUUAUGUUGACGCUGGAAGAUCCUAUCCAGGACUUUCCAACUGCAUAUGGAGCGAAGUUGGAGCGAUUAGCGAUUGAGUUCACUGAGGGGACCGGACCGCUCCAGGAAGCAGUUGAUCGUACAGAAGAGGCUGAAGCAGAGAUGAAGAAAAUGGAGGCUGAUGCUGAAAUCGCAGAAGCUGAUGAGAUACUGAAGAAUAUUGCGAUGGAAGCUGAGAACCUCCAAGCUGGAAAGAAAACUGUCAAGGAAACCCUCAAUUCUUCGCAAAGGUUUACGAUUAUGCUGAAAGACACUGUGGAGCAGAUGAAAAGUGCCACAGCGGAAGAUGAGGAACUGAAGAGCCGGUUAUUCCAGGAGGAAGCGAAGAAGGAGAAAAAUCCUCAAUUGGCUAUGCUGAAAAUGAUGAUGAAUAAAAGGAAAUUGGCCGGAGGAAGUGUGACUCCGGUGAGCGGAGUGUCUCUGAGUGAGACUAAAGAAGGAGGAGAACAGAAGAAGGUUCGAGGCUCGGACAAACCGUCUGAACCAAAGCUCCCUCCGCGAGUCAAGCCGGAACCGAAGAGCGCACCAGACGUGCUGAAAGACAAGGAAAGAAAAGAGCGAGAGGCCGAAAGCCCGGCCGGAAAGGAUGAAAAAGGUGGAAGGAAAAGGUUGAAGAUGAUGAUGGAAAGAAAGGUGAAAGAGGCAGUGAGCCGAAAGGUGGAAGAAAAGAAGGAAAGGGCAACAAUAUUCACGGCUGAGGUAACUCUGCCAAAGGAACCAAUAGUUCCAAAUCCCAAAUGGGGAGAAGAAAGCAAGUUGAAGCCAGCCCAGGUGAAGAAGCCUGAGGAGAAAAAGAUGCCCACGAAAGACCGCAAAGAGAAAGAAAAGAAAGAAAAGAAGGACGAGAAGGACAAGAAAGAGAAGAAAGAGAAGAAAGAGAAAAGGGUUGACGGAAGCCCUGAGAAGUACUCAGAGAAGGAUGUCCGAGAUACGGAGUGA